AUGUCAGACACUACCACAUCACCAGCACCCAAAUUAUCCUCCAGUGCUCUGAUCCCUCCAAAAACUCCUGCAUCAGUACUCAACAAGCUAAAGACAUCUUCUGGAGGUUUUUAUGCUGAAACACCUAGGCUUGCUUAUUGUGCUGAGUAUUUCACUGGUGGAAGGGAUGGUAACAUCCUCAUCACCAAGGGUCUGGACUAUGAUGAAGAGUUCAUCAUCCAUGGGGUAUUCAAGAUCAGUCGUAAUAACUUCUUUUUCACACCAGAUGGCAACUUCAAUCCUGCCAAUGUCUUCCAUGGCCACUUAGCAGACUUGGAAUUGAGCUGUCAACUCACUGCAGGUCAUAGCAAGGCCUUCAAGUUUUUGUCAAAGGAUUUCCCUGCUGUUGUCAACAAUCUCAGUGCCUUCAAGAACUUAGUUCCAAAGGAAAGAUAUUAUGAGACUGUUAGUGUUAUUCAGGACACUAUCGGCUGUGGCAGAUCAAUUAAGCUGAGUCACCAUCUCUUUGAAGCUAAUGAUGAAGCUCAAGGUGGUACCAGUGAUGAAGAUGAUAACGGUUCAACCGCUGUCACCCACCCAGACAGCCUAAGCUCUGAAUUUGACAUUGGGACUUGGCCAGUUGCCAACCGAUGUAAAGGCCAUCUGCAGGAUGUCACAUCCAAGCAUAAUAUUUGCCCAUUACCAGCAUAUGACCAGAACCAUGUUCUUAUCCCACCACUCCAGUAUGAAGUGAAACUUAAGGGUGUGCUGGUUGAAGUUCAUAUGGCAUUUUACCAUCACUGCAUGAAGAAAUCAAGGUGUGACAUAUUUGAAGCUGUUUUAUAA